AUGGAAAACACUCAAGGAAGGGAAAGCAAUCCAAUCAUCAGAGACAAAGAAGAAGAAGAAGAUGGCCAUGACAAUCCACUAGCAUUGCUUCCCAAAGAGAAGGGAUGGAUAGGUCUGGAUCUCUAUCUCUACCAAGGCUUUUGGUGCCCCUCAAUGGAAAUUCAGCGAGUAAUGUCUUUCCAACAACACUUCAAAGCUCAGGACACCGACCUCAUACUCGCCACCAUGCCCAAAUCAGGCACCACCUGGUUGAAGGCCUUGACAUUCGCUAUCGCCAACCGUCAUCGCUACACCAACACGCUUUCCCAACACCCCCUUCUCACUUCCAACCCUCACGACCUCAUCCCUUUUCACGAGAUCAAUCUCUCUGCUAAUAAAGACGGCCAUCAAGACAGUCAUAUUCUAAACCUCUCCAACUUUCAGUCUAGCAUUUUCUCCACCCAUAUGCCAUACCAUUCAUUACCUGACUCAAUCAAGACCUCUAAUUGUCGCGUUGUUUAUCUCUGUCGCAAUCCCUACGACGCCUUUGUCUCCGCCUGGCAUUUCUUGUCUAAGCCUAGACCAGAGAGCCUUGAGCCUCUAUCGUGUAUUGAUGCUUUUGACAUGUAUUGUAGGGGUGUCAUCGGUUUUGGGCCCUUCUGGGACAAUGUAUUGGGGUACUGGAAGGAGAGCCUGAAGAGGCCUCAAAAGGUGCUGUUUUUGAUGUACGAGGACUUGAAAGAAGAUAUUAUUUUUCAGAUGAAGAGGCUAGCAGAGUUUAUGAGCGUUCCGUUCUCUUUAGAGGAAGAGAGUGAAGGUGUGAUAGAAGAGAUAUCAAGGUUGUGCAACUUUAACAAUAUGAGAGAGUUGGAGGUGAACAAAACUGGUAAAUCCAUUAGACACUUUGAGAAUAAGACGUUCUUCAGGAGAGGUGAAGUGGGUGAUUGGAUCAAUCAUUUUACACUUGAGAUGGUGGAAUGCUUGAACAAGGUCAUUGAAGAAAAGUUGGGUGGUUCUGGGUUAGCAUUCAAGACUAGUUUGUGA